UUCAAGAAAACGCUAAUCAGCCCUUAUAUCUACCAAAUAAGACAAUAUUACAGUAUGUCGUUGAAUGUUAGUUCGAAAUGUUCAUUUUUUCUCACCUUUGUGCCAGUUUCAGGCUCUUGCAUGCCUUUGUCAACUGUUGAACAACCUGGAUUACUGGUUUUACUUUGAGAGUAGACCACAUAGCAAACAUUCUGUCACACAGAGCGUCAUUCUCAAAGUUUCACUGGAGCUGUUCACUUCAGGAACUCGGUGAUCCAGACUGGAUCCUGUUCACUUGUAGUUUUUUUUUUCUCUUUAGACAUCAACCUGAGCAGAUUCUUCAAAAGGAUAACACACUGCUCACAAGCUGACUUGCAGGUGGAUUUUAUUUUUGUUUUUUUUGUCUGCUGGAUUUAUUUCAUCGACUUUGGGAAAGAAAAUGUCUCACUCGGGUAGCCUCGACUUAGACAGAUAUGCAAAUGUGGACCGAUCCCGUCGGUCGACCAGUCGGAACCAGACCAGGCAGAGGACCAAGCAAGGUGAGGUCCUUUGUGACUUCUGCACUACAAGGAAGCAAAAGGCUGAAAAGUCUUGCCUGGUUUGCCUGGCGUCGUACUGCGAGGAACACCUGCAGUCCCACUAUGACUACCCCACUCUGAUGAAGCACAAACUGGUCAAAGCCACGGGUCAGAUGAGGGAGAAGAUCUGUGCCCAGCACGACAAGCUGCUGGAGGCUUUUUGUCGCACUGAUCAGACAUCCGUCUGCGUCCUGUGCAUGAUGGACGAACACAAACACCACGAAAUUGUCCCAGCUGGAACUGAGAGGACAGAGAAACAAAAACAACUCGGCACAACACUGCACAAAUCUCAACAAAGGAUUGACCAAAGAAUUAAAAAGUGGCAGGACCUAAGACAAGCAGUCGAAUCAGUUAAACACUCUGCUCAAACGGUUCUUGAAGAAAAUGAGCGGAUCUUCUCCGAGCUCCUGAAUUCUAUAGAGAGGAAGUACAAUGAAGUCAAAGAGAUGGUCCUCUCCCAUGAGAGGUCCACGGUGACCCGGGGGGAGCUAAUCCUGGAUCGUUUGGAGGAGGAGAUCACUCUUCUGAGGAAGAGGCACACCGACCUGGAGAAGCUCUCCCGCACUGAUGAUCACAUUCACUUUCUGCAGAGCUGGCAGUCUCUGUCAGGCCCCUCCGGAUAUGAAGACCUCAACAACAUCAGCGUUGCUCCCAAUUAUUCCUUUGAUGCCACCAAGCGAGCCAUUGCUGCUCUGAAAUUACAAGUGGAAGAAGUCAGCAAGACAGAAAUGAUGAAAAUCUCUGGAGCAGUGAAGGAAGUGUACAUCACCCAUGAAGCAAAGGAGGCUGAGAUAAAGCCAAGAAGAGAAUCAAUUGUGAGCAUUGAUGGUAGGAUCGUCGAAGAACCGAGGAUGAGAGAAGACUUCUUAAAAUAUUCUCACCAGUUGACUCUGGAUGUCAACACUGUUCACCCGAACCUUCACCUCUCAGAGGGAAACAGAACAGCAACAAUGAAAAGUGAAGCUAAAAACUACCCUGAUCACCCAGAUCGGUUUGACCACUGGCAGCAGGUGUUGUGCAGAGAAAGUGUGUACGGGUCGCGUUUUUACUGGGAAGUGGACUGGCGGGGAACGGAAAUCGAUGUGGCCGUUACCUACAAGGGAAUCCGCAGAAAAGGAAACGGCAAUGACUGCAGCCUCGGCUGGAACAACAAGUCCUGGAGUUUGUACUGCUCCGAUUCCAAGUUCACCUUUGUGCACAACAACAAAAGCAAAGACCUCUCUGUCCCCGUGUCAUCCCGCAUCGGCGUCUACCUGGACCAUGCAAAGGGAAUACUCGCCUUUUACGGCGUCUCUGAUGGCAUGCGCCUUCUGCACAAAAUUCAGACUGUAUUUACAGAGCCCCUGUACCCUGCUUUUAGUGUGUGGGGCUUUGGCUCUACCAUAAAGCUGUAGGAGAGCAGCCAUAGAUUGAGCUUUCUUAAGUGAAGGACUAAUACUAUUCCCAAUACUCAUAGGAAAGAUGAAAUAGAGAGUAGAAUCUGGGUUCUGGUUUAUCAUGUUUGAACUGACGUUGUUAUGUUUACUUAGUUAUGAGUUGAGCAUGGGAACAUAUUUCUUUAUUUUAUUGUAUCCGAAUCUUGGAAAAUAAUAAAAAAAAAAAUAGCUGAGUAUAACAUUUUCUGUAUAUAUUGUAUAUUUAUUUUGCCAAAUUUUGAAUGUUACUGGAAUUGUUCGGUCUGGUUCAACUAUGACAGAAAUGAAAAUGGACAAUAAUGUUGCUAUGCUUUGUUUCUGUUGCACCAGUGAAUGUUGUCGGAGAGGAUUCAUAGAUUCAUGCCUAAUGGUUGCUUGUAGUUAUGAAGCACCACACAUUUCUGGCUGAACCUUUGUUUUAAAUCACUCAGACUUCCUUUUAUAACAGCAUUUAUUGUAUGUUUAUUUUUUAAAGAAAACCAUAAGCAGUGAUUAAAAAAAAAAAAGUCUUUUGUUGUUAAAAGUUGAAAUAAAUGUACGUCAACAACAAGC